AUGUUCAAGAAGCGCUCUCAAAAAGACAAGAAGAAAAACCAGGAUGACAACGACCAGAACGACGACGACAAUGCCAUCACAAUCUCUGUACCCCAGGACGCAUUCGAACCAUCAUCCCUCAGCAACAACCAGCCUUCGGCCAGAACAAGCGAGGACAGCAGCAGUAUCGAGCGUCGACACGUACAACCGCACCAGCCUUGGAAACCAUGGGACCCACAGAAGCUGGCCAGACGAGACAACCGCCCGUCGCCAACAUCAACUUCAACAGCAGCAACUACCCCGGUCCCGCCCCCAGCCUCUCCCUCUUCAACCUCAUCCUCCUCACUGAACACCCCGACUGCAACCAAGACAAAGAGCCCCAGCAUGGCACUGAACCUAUCCAACAUGUUUUCUUCUUCUGGCGGUACUAUCGACACUGCCAGUUCGCAACAGCAACAAAAACAACAGCAACCCAUUGAAGCACAGCUCUGGAACGCAGACUUGACGGUCACGUCCCCACUCUCACCAGCAGGACCUCGGUAUAUCCCUGCGAUUGCAGGCAGUGGUGCCGCACACCCUAAGGCCGGAGCUGGUAGCAUGAGCCGGUUGACUUCAGGAUGGGGAAUCGGUUUUGCGUCCGAUCAGAAGCACCAGCAGCACCGGCACCAGAAUGAUGGGUCAACUUGGCGGAGCUUUGGACAGGCGUCCGCAGCUUCGUCUCCUGCAGCAACAGAACAGUCGAAUUUUCCGCGGACACCGACUUCGGCUACUUUUAUGAACUCGCAAACAUUGGCGUCAUACCAAGGAGAAAGAGUGUAUUCAAGGUCGGCGAUGUCGUUUAGAUCCAAGGAUGGAUAUAUAUCCAACGCAGACGGGAACUCAGUCCAGUCGUCUAUCAUACCCGCCAUGUCCUCCCCGACGCUGAAUAUACCCAAUAGCAUCAACAGCCGCAGUGAUAUGGACGGUCUAAAAUCGAACGAGGGCUUGCAGAAAAAGAUUGCUCGAGGAGUCGACGAUGGCGUACAAGAUACGCAGUGGAUACAUAACAAGGAUACUCGUGAUUCUCUUGCCUACAUGAACGGAUCCGGCUACGACCACGGCUAUCGAGAUGAGGAACUCCAGGGCCAGAAAAAGGAUCGUCUUGUUAGACUGGGCCAUCGUGGUCAACAUAACGGCAGCGGUUCGCACUACCCGUUGUUGUUCACGGAUCCUAAGAGGGUUCUUCGCGCACGGCUCUUUUGUCUAAGACAGAAUCGGAGACUGCAUCCAUGCAUUCGUCUUGUGGUGGUGCUGUUCUUGAUCGGAUCCGUCUGCUUUACGACUUUUCAUCUGAUGUUCCGGGAGUCGAAUAGCAGGGACAGACUGAGGAAGAGUUUUGAGUACACGGAGCAGCAGCUCAGGGUUCGCCGGAUUCUGGGACAGAAUGGCAGGCAGAAGAGAGUUGUGUCGGCAUUCGAUGUUGAGGCCCAGAAUUACAGUAUACACCAAUGGGCGCUCGAUACAUAUGAUAUCGAUAAUUCAAAAGCAAUUGCGCGAGUGAGCGAGGACUAUAUGCUAUCGAAGGCGUUCAGCGGAGCCAUGUACCCGACUCAGGUGAUCCCCUUCUAUUUCAGGGCCUCUUUCAGGGACGAGAAUGAUGAUGACAACCUACACGAGGACGAUGAUGAUGGAUUACAUGGAUCACAGAAACAAAACAGCCCCAGAGGUGGAGGCGGAUCAAACCCUGAGCAUCCGCUAACCAGGCUAGACCCGUCGAUGGUGACGAUUACGACGCUCAUUACCCCAGAUCGGUACGGUGUAUUCCUGAAGCUCGUCAAACAGUAUCGGGGUCCGAUCUCGGUGGCGACACAUAUCCGAAAGGGCGAGGACCAGGAUGCGAAGUUCCAUGAGUUGAACGAGUUCUUUCGGGGGCAUUCGAUUCUGAGGAGAUACGUGGAUCUGCAUGUGAUUGUGGACAGGGUCGAUUUGCAGCUGAAUAUGUGGCGGAAUGUUGCGAGGAUGUUUGCCCGGACAGACUAUUUCAUGAUGUUGGACGUGGACUUUCAUAUACCCUCGGGACUCAAGAACCGCUUGCACCAUGAUCCACGUAUCCAGGAACUGCUUUUAUCUGGCGCAGCACUCGUCAUUCCAGCAUUCGAGUAUGCGCUGAAGCACGAUCCUAAGGACUCCAAGUACUUUCCGGAUACGAAAGCAGAUCUGAUUCCGUUGCUUGAAAAGCAGCACAUCCGGGUGUUCCAUGACUCCUUCCCGCCAGGUCAUGCGGCGACCGACACCCCACGGUGGAUCGAGAUGAGCAAGCGUGCAGCAGCGGACAUUGAGGACCGACGAUGGGCUUCGGUGCCGAAGGGCCGAGCUGGGUUUGAGGAAGAGUAUCGUCAAGAGGAGGAGGAGGAGAAUCUGGAGGCGAGGGAUGAGGGCGCCUUUGUGGAGGAUGGAGUCGGGCGGAUGACGGAAGAGGAACGGGGCGAGUACCUGGAGAAAGAAGCGGGAGGCGAGCGGCCGUAUAAGGUGACGAAGUUUGAGCCGAAAUAUGAGCCUUAUAUUGUUCUGAAGCGCGAGAGCACACCCUGGUGCGAUGAACGGUUUGUUGGAUAUGGGGCUAACAAAGCUGCCUGCCUGUUUGAGAUGUAUAUCUCUGGGAUUGAUUUCUGGGUGAUGCCUCAGGAUUUCUUGAUCCACCAGUACCACGAAUACCCGACGACGAACCGGAGGAACGGACGUAUACUGAACAAACAGCUGUUUGUACAAUUCCAGCAGGAGGUCUGUUUCUCGACCCUGCAGCGGAUGAUUGUGACAGGGGAGUGGUACACGUCCAAGGCGGAUAACUUGAGACAUCAAUGUAAGGAGUUUGAGGACUUUUUGAAAUCUGGAGAUGAGAUGGCGGAAGAGUAUGAGGCUCGACAUCCGGGGAGCUUGCUUCAGGAGCCGGUGUUUGUUGCGGAUAGAGAUCCGAGGAGGUCGAGGAAGGGAGUCCUUAGAGUCUCGGCUGGAUUGGGAGAGGACGGCCGCGAGGGCGAGGUCGAGGGCGAGGGUGAUCGAUAUGAGAGUCCAAGUGAAGGAAGGUAUGGGUGGGGGAAGAAUGUGGCGCUUGGAGAGCAAGUGGUGGAUGAUGAGGAGCAUCAAAAUCCGUUUAUGAGUCAACCGAAGGGGCGUGUUUGGGGCGGGAUACAGCCGCGGACGUUUUAUGUGCCACCUUUGCCGGAGGUGGAUCCGGAUGAUGAGAUGCCGAUUGAGGGAAUUGAUAUUGACGUGGCUGUUGGUGAUGAAGAGAAGGAAACGGAGAGGGUAGUCGAGGAGAAAAAUGUAGGAAGUGGUAGCAAGGAUUUGACGGGCGAAAGGCUAGAGCAGUUCCGACAGGGGGUUAUCUUGCCGGUUAGGGCGGACGGACAUGAUCGAGAUAGGCAGUUGGCGUUUGAGGGGGAGGGGCGGAAGGGUGGUGGUGGAAACAGCGGAGAACGAUCUAUGGGCGAGGAUGCUAAUGAUCAGGAUCAGAGAGAUGAAUAUGGCGAUGGAAAGCAGCAUCAGCAAUGGAAGGGAGAGAACCGUGGUUCUUUGGAUCGUUCAGUUUCUUCUCCUGGAGCGGAGGAGCGAAUGAAGGCAUUUGAAGAGGCAGCUGGAAAGCUGGAGGAAAAGUUCCGGAUGCUCGGGGUCAGCCUUUGA